AUGGAGGACAAAGGCGCGGCGUCGCCGCCAAUAGUCAAGAAGAAGCUCCCCUUCAAGCCCACCGCGCUGCGCCGAUUCGCCGCGCCCAAGCCCACGCCCACGCAGCCUGACGAGAAGGAGGAGGAGGUCAAGGAGAGCGACGACGAUGGGCUGUCCCUGUUCCGGCGCUCAAAAGAGAUGGCGCCCAUCGUUGCCGCAGACCGUGAGAGGCGCCUCAAGAGGCAUCAGAAGCAUCAGAUGGACGUCGAGCGUCGCACUAGGGAGGCCGCGCGGGAGAAACGUCCGCGGGAGGAGUCGGAAGAGGUUGUGAAUCAGGACGAACCCGUUGUCAGUGACGAAAUUGGUCCCGAAGUUGCUGCUGGUUCUCAGUCUUCGCCUGCUCGACCAAGGAGCAGCGAAGUUGCUGAACAACCGCCUGCUACUCAGGAUACAACUGAUCGCGCAAGUGAACUCGUAACCCCUCCACCCUCGAAGCGAUCAAGGCUCAGCUCCAGCUCUUCCUCCAAGAAACCCAUACCAGCCCUGGAACUCGACGAAGACGACGACGAACCAUUCCGAGACGCAUCGCCAACUCCCUUUCAGAGGAAACCGAGCACCCCGAGUCGAGCGCCAAAGAUGGUUAAACCCCCGCCAGCGCCUACCAAUGUCAUCUCGAUAGAUUCCGACUCUGAUUCGGAUGAUGUCUCCCUCAAGCCCACCUCUGUACCAGCGUCCCGUCGCAGUGCUAGCAUCGUGGAACUCGUGGACCGCACCUCUUCAAGGCAAUCACCAAAAGAACCGUCGCCGCCCCCUGAGGACGACGAAUUUGCAGAGUACGUCCGCAAGGCCAAGGAGCGGCGUGACAGGGAUCAAGCACUGCUGCAGACGGGCCUGGACGGCAAGCCAAAGAAGGAAUUCGUCGACAUUCUCAUAACGAGCCAGGUCCCGGGCACCAGGCCGCUCAAGCUCAAGUACCUCUUUGACAAACCUUUUCGCCUCACCCGUGAGACUUGGUCAAGCUACCAGAACAAGUCGGGCGUGUCCAUCCCCGUCGACGACGUGAUUUUGACGUGGCGCAAGAAGAAGAUUUACAACACUUCGACUCUCCUCAGCCUGGGCAUCAGACCCCAGGGCGAUGGGCGCGUCAUCGCAGAUGGUCAGGGGUCAGAAGGUUUUGAGGACAACCGCUCCCUCGUGCACGUGGAGGCUUGGACGCCCGAGUUGUUCCAGGAAAUGGAGCGCAACGAGGAGCUCCGACGGAGACGCGAAGCUGGCGACAUCUCAGAGGAGGACGAUGACCAAGAGGAGGAGCCGGCCGACGACAUCAAGCUCAAGGUGGUGCUCAAGUCGCGGGACCUCGAGGACCUCGGCCUAACGAUACGGCCCGAGACGACGGUCGAGACGCUCAUCACCUGUUUCCGCGCCCAGCGCAAGGUCGAUCCGAACAAGCAGGUUGGACUGUGGUGGGACGGCGACCGCCUCGAGGAGCACGUCACGAUGGAGGAGGCCCAGAUUGAGGACAUGGACACGCUCGAGGUGUACAUCCAGUGA